AUGGCCAAACACCACAGGACCUGCAGGAGCCCGGCCAGCAUCAUCGAGGUGAAGAGCAAAUUUGAUGCAGAGUUCCGCCGCUUUGGUCUAGCACCCUCUAAUGUGAGAGACUUCCAGGAGUUUUAUCGUCUGCUCCAGACUGUACAUCGGAUUCCUUGCAUGGACCUCCUGCUUGGCUAUACAGAUAUUCAUGGGGAUCUACUGCCAAUUAAUAAUGAUGAGAACUACUACAGGGCACUGAGCUCAGCCAACCCCCUAUUAAGAGUAAUAAUCCAGCGUAAAGCGGAAUCUGAAAACUCUCCAUUUGCUUCCAACUCCCUACAGAGGAGAAAAAAGGGUCUCUUGCGAGCUACUCAGCAUCGUGCACGUCCUCAAAUUCUUAUUGGAAUGCCUCAGGACUUCCGGCAAAUCUCUUCCAUCAUUGACGUUGAUAUCCUUCCUGAGACACACCGUCGUGUUCGUCUGCACAAGCAUGGAUCAGAUAAACCUUUGGGAUUCUACAUACGUGAUGGAGUUAGCAUCAGAGUGUCUCCUCAAGGGGUGGAGAAAGUCCCAGGUGUAUUUAUCUCCAGGCUAGUUAAAGGUGGUUUAGCAGAAAGUACUGGCCUUUUGGCUGUCAGUGAUGAAAUCCUGGAAGUCAAUGGAAUAGAUGUAGCUGGGAAGUCACUGGAUCAGGUAACUGAUAUGAUGGUUGCCAACAGCCACAAUUUAAUAGUCACAGUAAAGCCAGCCAACCAAAGGAAUAAUGUUAUCCGGGCAGGAAAGGCUUCAGGAAGUUCUGGGGUAUCAUCAGACAGUGCUGCAAGCCCAUCCUCACGUUACGCCAGCAACUGUAGCACAGCCGAUGGGGACAGUGAUGAUGAUUCAGACUUAGUUAUUGAGAGAGACUAUGCACCAGUGACUAACUAUACCCAAACCCAACUUGUUAAUGGAGAUCUACAGAGAAGCCUUCAGCAUAGUCUAACACUCCAUAGACCUCAGAAUCCAUUGCAAUACAUGAACAAUAACAAUCGAAGCCCAAGACUAAAUCGCAGGGGUCAGGAAAAUGGAAUGAGAGAAGAUGGUACAUUCAUAACACUAUAG